UCUGCCGUGGUCGACAAAGAAGGAAUGAUUUUACCUCGAGGUGAACGCGGUGAAGUACUGGUUCGUGGCUACGCAGUGAUGAGGUGUUACUGGGACAGCGAAGAUCAGACCAAAGAAGAAAUUACAGCUGAUAGGUGGUACCAUACUGGCGAUAUUGGUGUAAUGCACGAAAACGGUUCUUUAAGUAUUGUUGGUCGGAAGAAAGACAUGAUUGUGCGGGGCGGCGAAAAUAUUUACCCAACUGAAGUGGAGCAGUAUCUUUUUCGGCAUCCAAAAAUUGAAGACGUGCAGGUUGUUGGUGUACCGGAUGAACGGUAUGGUGAGGUGGUGUGUGCGUGGAUACGACUACAUGAUUCCGCAGACGAUGUCACCACUGAAGAUAUCCGGAAUUUCUGCAAAGGACGAAUAGCUCAUUUCAAAGUCCCGAGAUAUAUUUUAUUUAAAAAGGAGAGCGAAUUCCCAUUGACAGUAACCGGAAAAGUGAAAAAGUACGAAAUACGAGAAUUGUCGAAAAUUGAACUUGGCCUACAACAGGUUCGUUUUAGUUAA